UUAAAUUAAAUUAAAUUAAAUUAAUUUAAUUAUCUGCUUAAAAAUGGCGCAAAAUAGAGAAGAUUUGCCACAAAAGGUUAGUUUUCUUUUUUUUAUUAAUAAUCAUUUAAAUAAUGAUUUUGAAUUUUAGUAACUAGUAAAUUAAUAAGUAUUGUUUACUAUAGAGGUAUAAAAGAGAGGAAGACAUGGAGAGCAGUGCUUUAGAAACAGAUGACGAUUAUGUUCCUUAUGUGCCAGUUAAAGAGCGUAAAAAACAGCAACUAAUUAAGCUUGGUAAGCUUGGACAGCUUAAGGAUGAAGCAGCUGCUGGUAUUAUUGGAAAAAGCAGCAGUGAAAAUGAGAAAGAUGACGCGGAUGACGAUGAUGAAGUAUGGGGAAGGAAGUCAAACAUUUCCUUGUUAGAUCAGCAUACUGAAUUAAAAAAAUUGGCAGAAGCUAAGAAGGAAAGUGCUAUGGAGAAACAGUUGAAAGAAGAAGAAAAGAUUCUUGAGAGUGUAACAGAAAAUAAAGCUUUAAUGGGUGUAGCAGAAUUGGCAAAGGGUAUUCAAUAUGACGAGCCAAUAAAGACUAGUUGGAGACCUCCAAGAACAGUGCUUGCUGCGGGAGAAGCAAGGCAUGAAAGAAUUAGGAGAAAACUUAGGAUUUUAGUUGAGGGAGAUGAUGUCCCACCACCGCUAAAAAGCUUCAAAGAGAUGAAGUUUCAUAGAGGUAUAUUGAAUGGUUUAGAACAGAAAGGUAUUGUUAAACCAACACCAAUUCAAGUCCAAGGAAUACCAACAGUAUUAUCUGGUCGUGAUAUGAUUGGCAUUGCUUUCACUGGUAGUGGUAAAACAUUGGUAUUUGUUUUACCUAUUAUAAUGUUUUGUCUAGAACAAGAAGUGGCUAUGCCAUUUAUAAGAAAUGAAGGACCAUAUGGUUUAAUCAUUUGUCCGUCUCGAGAAUUAGCGAAACAAACUUACGAUAUUAUUCGACAUUAUACGAAUAGUUUACGGCAAGCAGGUUGUCCCGAAAUACGCAGCUGUCUAGCAAUUGGAGGUGUGCCUGUAUCAGAAUCCUUAGAAGUUAUUAAUAAGCAAAGGUGUACACAUUAUGGUGGCAACUCCUGGAAGACUGAUGGACAUGUUAGAUAAAAAAAUGGUAAAACUUAGUGUGUGUCGUUAUCUUUGUAUGGAUGAAGCCGAUCGUAUGAUUGACAUGGGUUUUGAAGAAGAUGUGCGAACAAUUUUCUCGUUCUUUAGGGGCCAGAGACAAAUGCUGUUAUUCUCUGCAACUAUGCCAAAGAAGAUUCAAAAUUUUGCACGUUCUGCUUUAGUGAAACCUGUGACGAUUAAUGUUGGUCGUGCAGGCGCGGCGUCUAUGAACGUAAUACAAGAAGUUGAAUACGUGAAGCAAGAAGCUAAAAUCGUGUAUCUCUUAGAGUGCUUACAAAAAACUCCACCACCUGUACUGAUAUUUGCAGAGAAGAAGCAAGACGUUGAUGCUAUUCAUGAAUAUCUAUUAUUAAAGGGUGUUGAAGCGGUAGCGAUACACGGUGGAAAAGAUCAGGAAGAAAGAUCGCGUUCUGUAGAAGCUUUCCGUGAAGGUCGGAAAGAUGUGUUGGUUGCAACGGACGUUGCAUCUAAAGGUCUGGAUUUUGCUGACGUACAACACGUUAUAAAUUACGACAUGCCAGACGAUGUUGAGAACUAUGUGCAUAGAAUUGGAAGGACUGGACGUUCUGGACGGACUGGGAUAGCGACAACGUUUAUUAAUAAAGCAAAUGAUGAAUCCGUGUUAUUGGAUCUUAAACAUUUGCUCAUGGAAGCGAAGCAAAAGGUUCCACCAUUCUUGCUGGAGCUUUGUUCAGAGAACGAGAAAUAUCUCAAUUUAGGAGACGAACGUGGAUGCAGUUAUUGCGGUGGUCUUGGUCACAGAAUCACAGAGUGUCCCAAACUGGAAGCCAUCCAAAACAAACAAGCAUCGAACAUUGGACGUCGUGAUUAUCUGGCUAGCAAUGCAGCUGAUUAUUAAAUAGUACUUCAAACUACUUUGUAUAUAUUUUUGUAAUGUUUUCUUUGUACAGUAUUUUAUUUUGUAUUAGACGUCGAUUUUCUAAAUAGUUCUACGAAAUUUGUAUUUGUAACAAAAAAAAAAGAAAAAAAA